CGUGAAAUCCUCAGGGCUUGUGGAUGAUCAGAGUCUCCAGAAGGGCAGAUUUCUAAAAAUUGGGAACUUUUUUUUUGUAAAGACUCCUCCUCUUUCAACGUCGUAUUAUUUUCAAAGACUUUACCAUGGUCAGAUACGCCGCUUCUCCUGCUAACGCUGCCAAGGCUGCCAAGUCUCGAGGCUCUUACCUCCGUGUCCACUUCAAGAACACUCACGAAGUUGCUGCUGCUGUCCAAGGUUUGAAGUUGUCCAAGGCUUACACCUAUUUGAGCAAUGUGACUGAACACAAGCAAGCCAUUCCUUUCCGUCGUUUCAACGGUGGUGUUGGUCGUACUGCUCAAGCCAAGGAAUUCGGUACUACUCAAGCUCGCUGGCCCGUCAAGUCUGUCAAGUUCAUCACUGACUUGUUGAAGAAUGCUGAAUCUAACGCUGAAGCUAAGGGUUUGGAUGUGGAUCAACUCUAUAUUUCCAGUGUUGUUGUCAAUCAAGCUCCCAAGCACCGUCGUCGUACUUACCGUGCUCAUGGUCGUAUCAACCCUUACAUGACUACUCCUUCUCACAUUGAAGUGAUUCUUACUGAAAAGGAUGCUGUUGUUCCCAAGGCUAACGACAAGAAGGUUCUCCGUCUCAACGCUCGUCAAUUGGCUCGCAAUGCUCGUUUGGCUCGUGCUUAAAUUUUUUAUUGUUUUUUGAAAUGAAAUAAAAAAAAAAGAAAGUACUGUUUUUUUAUG